AGAAGAAAAACGACUACAAACAAACAAACCGCGGCUGAACGACGCCACCGUGCUGUAUGUCGUCUUUAUUGACAUUCUGUGUCACGCUUUUAAUUUCACUUCAUGUUCGCAGUGUAUAAACUUCAUCUGUAUGAUGAUGGAGGAAGGUUUGAUCAGAGAUGUGUUCCAAAGCUACAGCAGAUAUCCUGUUCCUGUGUCUGCGUCCAUCACCACUGAAAACAGCAUCUGCUCUGACACAAAGAUUCAGAACUUUACCAUAAGCACCGAGUGGAGUCAGUGUGAUGUUGACAGAGGUGUUAGAUUUCUCUUUAGUCAACACUGGACUCUUCAGUGUAAUGAAAAGUCUCUGGAGAAGUUUGUGUGUUUGGGACCUUCUAUCAGCACACAUGGAGAGCUGCUGAGUAGCCGCGCCCCCUCUGGGGUACGUCGAGCGGUCAUCCGAGAUGCUGGGGGCCGUCAGUACCUUGAGGUUUGGGGCUGCAAUGGACUGGAGAAAAGCUUAGACCUCACAGUCAUGAACAAACAUGGAAAAGUCUAUGAAGAUGCACAGUUUGCUUGUCUGGCUUGGUCUCCGUGUGAAGAAAGGUUACUUUAUGUAGCAGAGAAGAGGAGGGCAGGACCAUCAGCCAGUGACAGCAGAAGCUUGACUGUGCUUGAAGUAGAGGAUAAGAACGUGUAUGUGGAAGACUGGGGUGAAGGUCUGGUUGGUAAAAGUGCCCCGGUGUUAUGUGUAGCAAAUCUAACUAAAGGAGACGUGAGCGUGUGUCCUGGGGUCCCACCUCAUGUGUCACCUGGACAGGCCUUGUGGACAGGAGACGGCAAGGCGGUGAUCUUCGUGGGCUGGUGGCAUGAACCCUUCCGACUGGGCCUGAAGUUCUGUUCUAAUCGGAGAUCAGCUGUCUUCUCCGUUGACCUGAAGGACAGUUGUGAGCUACUGUCAUGUGAUUCUAACUCGGUGAUGAGUCCUCGGCUGAGUCCAGACUCUCUCUGGCUGGUCUACCUGCAGGGACAAGUGUUCGGCCCACAUCAACAAUGUCUCCGCAUGAUGCUGUACGACAUGAAGAACAGAACUACCUCAGUAUUGGUGGAUGUAGUGAGAAGAGCAGAGAAAGGUCAGUUUAUGGGCUUGUACGAAGCUCUUGCUCCUCAUUGCUGGUCUUCAGACAGUGAGAGAAUCUUCUUCAGCAGUGCCUGUGAAAACAGCAAGUUGCUGUUCUUCGUGGAGAGACGAACUGGAAGAGUUACAACUGUACAGGAUGCUGAGUGGAAAGAGUCUGGGAGUGUUAAGCUGCUGACAGUAAUGAAAGACCUGAUGGUGAUGUCCUGCUCUUCUCCUAAUCACCCUCCUAGUCUGAAAAUAGGCUUUGUACCUGAUGGAAAGCGUACACACAGUGUACAGUGGUCUCACGUGGGCGGAGCUAACACAUACGAGAGCUUUGAUUGGGAGUCACUGAUAAUCACUCCAGUACCAGAAGAGGAAAACCAUCAGUUCUCUGGCAUAAGUUUUGGUGCCAUACUGUUAAAACCAUCAAGCUCUUUCAAGGCUGUGAAGCUUCCUCUGGUCAUCUUCAUACAUGGAGGGCCUCAUUCUCAUUUUGCUGCUGAAUGGAACGUCACCUCUGCAGCUUUGACUAAACUGGGUUUCGCUGUGCUCAUGGUUAACUAUCGAGGAUCCACUGGUUUUGGUCAAGAUGGUAUUGAUUCUCUGCUUGGAAACAUCGGCAGUCAGGAUGUCAAAGACGUGCAGAGGGCCGUGCUGCAUGUCUUGCAAAGUAACAAGACUCUUGAUCCUGAUAGGGUGGCUGUGAUGGGUGGGUCUCACGGCGGAUUCCUGGCCUGUCAUCUGAUUGGUCAGUAUCCUGAGUUCUACAGAGCAUGUGCAGCACGAAACCCUGUCAUCAACGCAGCCACACUGCUUGGGACCAGUGACAUCACUGACUGGAGAUAUUCUUCUGUUGGUCUGGAGUACAGCUUUGACCAGCUGCCCACUCCACAAGCCCUAACCACAAUGCUGGAGAAGUCACCUAUAGUGCAUGCAGCGCAGAUCCGCACUCCAGUUUUGCUUAUGUUAGGUGGGAAGGAUAAGAGAGUUUCACCUUAUCAAGGUUUAGAGCUUUACAAAGCCCUAAAGAGCAGGGACUCACCUGUCAGGCUGUUGUGGUAUGACAGUGAUGGUCAUUCCCUGUCUAAAGUGGUAACUCAGUCAGACUGUUUCCUCAAUAUUGUACUCUGGUUCAGUCAGUAUUUAAACAUGACCUGAGCUUUGGUGCCUGAAUAAUACAAUUUUUAACAAUC